UGUAGUGGUAGUCAUGUCGGAUUGACAUUUUAUGUUCGUGCGUAAUAUUUUCGCUGUGUUAUGUCGUUUCUGCAUGAAAAACUUGAUGUUUCCUCAGUUUGUGCAAGAUUGUUUAAUAAAAACUCGUUUCAGAAAUCCAUCGUCACUUUCAUAAGAACGUAAUGCUAUAUUUACAUCGUCGGCAUGUGAGAUAAGUAAUGAUAUCAAACACAACAUCCUACAAGCUUAAGGCUUUAAAAAGCUCCAAGGAUUGCCUCAAUUUUGAUAACCAAAAUGAAGAUAAUUUCGAAAGCGAUAGCGUCGACGGGACGUUCCUAAAUGAACGCAGACAAACGGUUUAUACCUCGCGCGAUGGCAGGUACAAGGGCGCGAGGCCGCGCCAGGCCGAAUUUCGCCACACCAGGGUGGGCGCAGCCGAACGCCGAGGCUACGGACGAGGUAGGGGAGGGUCGCGUCGAGAUGCCGACUCGUACAGCAAGAAGUACAACGAUUCUUUAAACAGUCGCGACCCGGGAAGCAUGUAUUUUCGAUCCAAGUGCUACGAGCCCGAAAAGAAGACCGAGGUGAAGUUUAACCUACCCGAAGACACGCGAAUUUCCAAACUGCUGAGACGGCUGAGCAUGGAGAACGAUCAGGAGAAUUCGCUUACGAUCUCGAAGAAGCUGCUCGAAGUGCUACUCAUACCCGACAACGCGAGUUACGUUCGCAAGGCCUUUCACAUUUUGGGGGAGUCGAUGUUGGAUAUUUUGCACGGCGCGCCCGGCUUGCCGGCGAAGGAGGAGGCGGCGCGCGCUCUCGGCCGCAUGGGUUACAUAAUGGGACAGGAGAACGACUUUCCGCGUUUCCAAGAUUGGAUCUUUCACAAGAUGCUGAACGUUAAAGACGACACCAAGUACUUGUUUAUGAAGUCGCUUAAGGAGACCUUGCGGUUCGACGUUGGCAAGCCGGUGCUGCGGGAUCACGCCGAGGGGCUUAUGCAGGAUUUAGUGUCGAUGAUCGAAGUGUUAGAGAACGGGGGAUUAUUUAAGGUGACCUUGGACGUGUUGAUCACGCUCGUCGAGAUUUAUCCCGUGCAGUUUUAUUCGCAAUUUCGCGACGCUAUGGAUAUAUUGUUGGGGUGGCACGUCGAUCUCGCCCAGCCGCUGACUACCAUCGAGUUCAUUUCAAAAAGUCUGCAAAGAAUCAGGCAUCACUUUCAGACUAACGUCGAGUUUUCGUCGAGUUUAGUUUAUAAUUUCUUCGAGGAUAUCGAGGUUUACGCGAAAGAUUUGGACGACGGGGCCAAGGACGGCGAGAGCAACUCGUUGGAUUACCUGACCGUGUCGAUUUUGGCCUUGAACACCGUUCUCAAGUGUCUGGGGGACGAUCUGAAGCCGGCGACUAACGAAAUAGUGAACGUCAAGUUUAUAACCGACUGCAUGAUUCAGAUAAUCGUCACGUUAUCGAACGCGCUGAAAACCUGCUGCCCGGACAACUUGAUCAUAGCGACCAAUGAGAAUAUUUCCCUGCUCCUGACUGUUUUAGGCACGAAGUCGAGUUCUCUGUAUAACACAAUUUUCGGUUUGGUCGACUUGGAGCUGUCGAUGGUCGAUCGGUUCUCGAAUGCAACCGUGAUUUCGAUGCUGUUUAUGACGUCAAAAGUGAUCAAGGAGUUGUCGGUGAAUCUACCGAUCGAGCUCGUCUACAACUUGGUAGGACCGGAUUCCACGGUAAUUAAAUUGCGCAGCUCGCAUUUCGUCGAGGUACAAGAAGCGACGAUCUGCAUGUACCAAGCUCUUCUCAACCUGAAAAACAUUCCCCUACUCCAAGAGGCGUACCGAUGCGUUUUGGGCGAUUUGGAGGUUAUGUACCGACAGAUUGUGCCGAACAUUUCUCCAUUGUGCCAAAGUAACCCGUUCACGGAACCUGUAACCAAAGAUCCGGAAUUGUCGGUUUUGUUUUUGCUCCGCUGCCUCUCGCAGCUGGCCAACUCCAGCAGCUCCAUCAUCGGCCUGUGGGCGCUCAAACCGAGCAUGCUGGAUCUCUUCGCGAUCCUCCUAAUGCCGUACAGUUCCGAGCUCGGCCAGAAGGCACCGACGUUACAGUACAGCCUCCUCUACCUCCUGUACUCGCACUGCAAGAGCUACAACCACUUCAUCGCGAGCAGCAGUCUGGUAAGCAACACCCAAGCACUUCUAGGACUAACUGGCGACGUCGCCGGCAAAUCCCCCAACUCCGGAAACUUCGCACUGAUCCUCGACGUCCUCCACAAAACCCUCGGUAGCGUGAUAAACUUCGAAAUAACUCUCCUAGUGCUACAAUGGCUAGGCGACGUCCUCAUGCAUUCCGAACCGUACCUCCUCAUACUCUACAACUCGCCCGAAUUCAGCAAAGUCGCCAAGAUCCUGGUGAAAUCCGGCUACAGCUACAACAACAGCGUGGUCCAAGCCGUUUGCAACAACCUCCAGAAGCUGCUGAACAAAAAGGAGCUGUCGUGGAACAACCUCUUUCUAAAGUCAGUCAGCGACCUCUGCAUCCUCCACAUGAACUCCACGAGCAAACCGAUCCGGGACAUGUACACGACACUCUCCGAAAACCUACCGUGGGACCUGACCUUGACCCACUUCAACAAGCCGUACUCCGUCGAGCAGGCCAAGCUAAAAUGCACCGACCUCGCCCGUUACAGUAACAACACAGUAAUUCUGGCCCAACAUCUGCACCUUUCCGGCGCGGUCUACGGCGAAAUGCUACCGUUUCACUUCACCACGUUCAUGCGGUACCUGCUGAACGGUGAGGAGCGACCGGGCAAUUUACUCGAGGACGUCUUCACGUGCUGCUGGCCGAUCGAGACCGAGCCGAACGCGAGCAACGCGAAUAUGGAGUUUUUUCGCAGUUUGGCGUUGAAUUCGAGGGCGGUUCUGAAUAAUUGGGUCACGUUCGAGGCGGCGCAGCUGUGCGUCAAUUCCAAACUGCGUACGCCCUUGGGCAAGCCGAACGAGACGUUCACCAGUUUCGAGGUGGUGCUCAAGCGGCUCGCCAGGGAGGUGAUGAGAAGCAAAAUUGAUGGCGAGGAACCAAGCGAAAGUGGAAAGGUCGAUCAGAAGCGCGUUCGGAUGCUACUACAAUUUAUGGAACACCUCGAAAAGGCAAUCUACAACGCGGCCGAGGGCUGCGCCAUAGCCAUGCCCCCCGCGCCCAAACCCGUCCGUACCUUUUUCUAUACGAACGCGAGCACCUGCAAGGAGUGGCUGUCUCGCAUUCGAGUCGUCAUCGUUAUUGUCGCCCUACACGCGGGCCAAUCGACAGUCGCCCUUCGGCACGGGCACGCUCUAUUGGCGAAUCUGGUCGCCGGUAACAAAACGAACACGGUCGACUUUGAAAGGGCGGUCAUGUACGUCACGCUCGCCCUUCUAAAUUUGAGAGAAAACGAAGCCAUCUACGGUCUGUACACUUGGUGUAAAAAGAUCGCCGACCGAAAGCUGGAGUGGGUGAAGUUCGCGUCGGACCAGGCGAAUAAAAAAUACGAAAGCGCCGUGAAAAAUUACAAAACGUUAAUUGAACGUAACAAAGACGAGAAGGACACCGACACUCAGGUGCAAUACUUUAUGUCGAGUCAAAUAGUUAAUUGCUACAAAGAGUUGAAUAGCUGGAGCGAGAUUAACGAGUGGAAGAAUUACGAGACCAGUUUAGGGCACGGCGAUAACGGCUUAAAGCACUUCUUCACGACUGUCAACUAUGACUGCAUUAACACACUGUCGAAUGGAGACACCAUACGAUGCGCCAACAAGCUGAACCAAUGGAACAUUGAAGAGACCAACUCGUGGAGUACCUACGAAAUCUUGCGCAAUACCGAAAGCGACCUCUACAACGUUGCGUCAAACAUAAACGCGCCCAAGUGCGCGUACCUACUAGCCAAAACCGACACCAGUCUCGCCACAAUACAAGAAAUCAUGCAAGACAAUCUGCUAUCUCUACCCUCGGAGUUUCUGCAGACUUUCUUGUUGAUGCACUACGUCGCAAACGGCCUGAAGACCAUUCUGAACAACUCGCUGGCGAGUAACGUUUUCUUGGUGUCGGAGAAUUUCGAAAACGACAUCGAAAAAAUCGACUCGACCAUCCUGACCAAAAUCCUCUGGUGGUCGGAGUACUUCUCGCGCGACCAGCAGAACCCGGGCUUCAACACGUUCUGCAGCAGUCUCCGCCUGCACAUCAUACGCAGGGCGCGCAAGGAGAAGAACUACGAGCUGGCGUGCCUGCACUUAAAUCGCUUCAUGGCGCAGGAGGGCAUGUUCGCGCUGAACGAGCGGCUGCCGCUCGAAGAUAUCGGGCUGCUGUUGCUGCAGAAGACCGCCGAGUUUAGUACGUGCACGUUCGAUUUCGCCAAGUCGAUGAAGGAGGCGAUCAAGUUGCUUUACGCCACCGAGGAGAAUAAGCAGCUCGUUUUCAAUUUGUGCGCGAACGCUUCGACAGCUAUUUCGAAGAAUGCCGAUCGACUGGGCAGGCACGAUAUGAAGCAGAUUAGCAGUAAGAUUUUGCUCAGGUUGGCCACUUGGCUUCAAGGCACAGAGUCUAAUUUGUUUACAGUAACGGAUAUGACAAGCCCAUUGGUGAAACUUCUACUGGUCUUGCCCGAAAUAGGAAUAAACGUCGGUACGAACAUAAUACCGACGAACGAAAUGGCAAUAGGAAAACUUCUUCAAUUCAGCGUCCAGCAGUGUAUAACUAUGGGCAAAAAUUGGUUUGCUUUCGGCACGUGGUGCUAUCGAUGGGGUCGUAAGAUCAUCGACCACAACUCCGACAUAACGAACUUGCUAACCGAAGAGGAUAACAUGGCAGUUCGAAGGUGUCUCCCCGUCGACGUGUCCGAGGACGAUUUCGCUCGAAUUCUGAGUAUACUCUCGCAAAGACCCACCACUAACGAGGACGACAUUGAUUUGAACGAAACCAGCACCGUCGAAGCGAUCAGAGAGCAGUUGCUCUCCGUGCCGGUUUUCUACAACGUUCACGAACAGCAGCUCCAGAGUCUCAUUCAGAUUUGGAAAAAUUCCCAGAAGCGAAUUUACGGUUAUUACGAAAUGAGCGUCGACUCCUACUUUAAGUACCUCCAUCUGGCGGUUAACGCGGAAAACAUCAACCGAAACAACGAGUGCAGCACGAUCACGGCAACGCUGCGUUUACUGCGGCUAAUCGUGAAGCACGCGCUGGUUUUGCAGAAUGUAAUCGAAAACGGACUCGCCAAUACACCGACUCACCCGUGGAAGGUGAUAAUACCGCAACUGUUCUCCCGCUUGAAUCAUCCAGAGGCGUACGUGCGCGAGAGGGUUUCCGAAUUUCUCUGUCGAGUCGCCGAGGACGCGCCGCAUCUGAUCACAUUUCCCGCGGUGGUGGGCGCGGUCGAGGGCGGGGUCAAGUUCGACUUCUCCGAAAUAUCGAUGCCCAAAGAUUGCUUUUCGCAAAGCAACGAGAACAACGAAGACAACGAGCUCAACGAAAUCGAAGACGCCUACGAUAGCGACACUGAAGAAACCAAGAACGUCUUGCAAUCCUGCUUCAAGUCGAUGGUGGAGACCCUUAGCAAGCAGGCACCCGAAACCAUUACCCAGGUGCAGAUGCUCGUGAAGGAAUUGCGCCGCAUCACGUUGCUCUGGGACGAGCUCUGGCUGGGUACACUAGUGCAGUACAACAGCGAAAUAAUUCAACGCCAGCAUCAGCUCGAGGUCGAGAUAGAAAAAGUAAACGACAACGCCCACCUGGACAAGGACGAGAAGAUCUCGUUAAUCACCGAAAAGUACAGAAUCAUAAUGAAGCCGAUUAUAUUCAUCUUAGAACAGCUGCAGUUGGUGACGAGCGUCGAACCGGAGACGCCCCACGAAAAGCAGUUCCAAGAGCGCUACGCGCCAAUUAUAAAACAAGUGCUGGAGAAGCUGAAGAACCCCGACCAUCCUGAAAAACCGCAAGAGUCUUGGCAACCGUUAAAAAUGCUUCAAAGCAAAUUCCAACAGAAGGCCCAUAAACGGACGGCAUACUCCCUCAAAAUGCAAGACAUCAGUCCUCUGUUAGCCGGAUUAAAGGAUACAGUGAUCGCGAUGCCCGGACUGACGACUUCCAUCCGAACACAGGUGACGAUAUCCAACGUGUCGAAUCACGUCUCGAUUUUACCGACGAAAACCAAACCGAAAAAGUUGGUGUUUUACGGUUCGGACGGUCAAACGUACACCUACCUCUUCAAAGGUUUGGAAGAUCUUCACCUGGACGAGCGCAUCAUGCAAUUCCUCAGCAUUGCCAAUACCAUGAUGGCUCAGGGCUCGGACGAGAGCUCCCACAAUCUUUACCGAGCCCGCCACUAUUCCGUCAUACCUCUGGGACCUCGAAGCGGAUUAAUCAGCUGGGUGGAUGGUACAACGCCGGUGUUUGCGUUGUACAAGAGAUGGCAGCAGCGAGAGGGUGCCAAGUCGAAUAUCAAAGUGGGACAGAGCCAGAGAAGCAACUCGAAUCCGAACGUCGGCGUACUGCGACCCUCCGAGCUCUUCUACAACAAACUGAACCCGCUACUGCAGGAGCACGGCGUGAAAAAUCCCGAAAGUCGCAAGGAGUGGCCGCUCGCCAUACUCAAGCAGGUCCUCACCGAGCUAAUGGCCGAGACGCCGAACGAUCUGCUCGCCAAAGAGCUCUGGUGCCACGCGGUGAGCGCGGGCGAGUGGUGGCAGAUGAUUCGAAAUUACUCGUACUCGGUCGCCGUGAUGAGCACGCUCGGGUACAUUAUCGGACUGGGCGAUAGGCAUCUGGACAAUGUUCUCGUCGAUUUGACAAGCGGCGAGGUGGUGCACAUCGAUUAUAAUGUGUGCUUCGAGAAGGGGAAGACCCUGAGGGUGCCGGAGAAGGUGCCGUUUAGGCUCACGCCGAAUAUCGUCGAGGCUCUCGGAGUCACAGGCGUAGAGGGAAUAUUUCGUUUGGCCUGCGAGAACGUGCUGAAAACGAUGAAGAAGGGUCGCGAGACGCUCCUCACGCUCUUGGAGGCGUUCGUCUACGACCCCUUGGUGGACUGGACCGUCGGAGGGGAAGGUCUGGCGGGGACGGCGUUCAGAGGGGUUGCCGGAAAUUCGCUCACUCGUCAAAGUCGCAAGGAUUUAGAGCGCGAGGUCACCUUAUCCAUGUACCGGGUGAGGUGCACCGAAAUCAAGAUUGACUGGAACGACAACAAGACUGAGAUAUUGGACGAUAUUCCGCAAGUGGAAGAAAAGUUGGCGCUUUGGCUAGAGGAGCAGAAAAACCUGUCGGCAACUGAAGAUUUAUUGCAGGAUUUGCACCAGCAGAUGGCGCUAGUAAAGGAGGCCGAGGCGAAUGGUUUGAAUAAGCAUUCAUUUUACUCUUUACCGUCGCGUUACGAAUCGUACCGCAAACGCCAAGACGCCAUCUCUGAGGCACAGGCAGAUUUAGAAUUAUUCAUUAACAAUGCAAAUUUACUGAUUGACGCGUAUAACGAAGCGAAGAUUGUCCUAGAAGGCCACAACUAUUCACAGUGGAUCGUAGAGCUGAAUAUUAGCAUCGAGCAGGAGUCUUGUCACAUUUUCGAUCUUGUCAAGAAAUUCUUGCAGAACGCCGGAAAAUCGAGUUUGGUCGAGCAAUGCGAACAAUCGGAAGCCGACCUUGAGCAAGUGAAGCACCAGCAAACCGUCAUAACAACCAAGUGCCUACACUUGCUGCAAGAGUACAGCAUCGUGCUGUCAUCCUGUCCUGUAUCGUACCAAGAGGGCCAUCCCAUUUUAUGUUUCACAACGUGGAGCAAAUACCUGCUCGAGGGCAAAAACAAGAACGCAUGCGACGACGUUUACCGCCAAUUUCUGAUUUUCAACGAAACGAACAAAGGCGCGCACUUCAUCAAAGCGGCAGUCGAGUGCGCCUACCACCUGAAUUUACAAUGUAACGACAUCGCGACGAUUGUCGCGAAGGUGUACGACGAUUUCUCCUCGGCCAAAGAAUCGAACAAGCUCGUCGAGAAAAUCCACGCCAACGCGAAGUUGGCGCUGUCGACUUUUAUACGAUGCGAAAACGACGGCGUGAGAUCGCUCAAGUACAUCAUACUCAACGAGCUCUGCAAGCAGAACAAGGACUUUCUUAAUCUCGAGACGACCGUGUCGCGAAACGGCAACGUCAUUCUCAAACUGCAAAGCCAAAAGGGGGGCGACUGGUUCUUGGACGAUCUAAUCUGGCACAGCAACAACACUUUGGAGUCCAUCGGCUACCUGAUCAUACAGAACAACUCGUACAUCGAAGACUCGCUGCUCGUCCAGGCCGUGAACGGCGUGCAGGCGGUGAAUAACGUCUACAAGAGCCUCCAGGAACUCUACUUUAGUUUCCACACCAUCAUUCUACCCGAAAGUAUGAAGAAGAUCAUGAGCGAGGAGGCCAGCGUUAUGCUUAUGGUUGGCGAGAUUGAGAGCUUGAUUCACAGCGUCGGAAUGCCGCUCAACGAACUCGUCGCCCAGUUGGAGAAACACUUGACCUGUAUCGUUAUGGAGAUGGAAAUUAAUCCGUCAUAUAACUUCGCCUUAGAAAAAAUGAGAGAACUCCGAACUAGAUACUUGCCCCUGGUGCAUAACCAUUCCGAACACCUCACCCAAGGAAAAAUGCUCCUGAUGGGAUUCAACGGUUUAUUCGACAAAGUCAACCUCGAAUGCCAAAACUGCAUAAACAAUCUAAGCCUGUUAGAGAUACCGCCGUGUUGGCGCAAAAUCGACCAAGUGCAGCAAGCGAGAAGCUUAGCCCCGCCCAUUUUUAACUCGAAGUUUAAAGCCGUGCUCGACGACAUAUUUUUAUUGAAACGUUUACAGACGAUGCACGACUUCUUCAAGACGUGCUUGGAGAUGUGCACCUCGUUUAAGGUACCGACAAUGUACGUGAUUCAUAAUGAUGAGCAUCUCGACAAGCCGAUCAAGAGGUUCAUAUCCGAUUUCGUAACCCGGCAUUUACUCGGAAUCUCCACGGAGACCGUCGCGUAUAUCACGUGCACUUUGCUGCAAAGUUUAGGACUGAACCUUUCCAGCGAAAUUGAGCAGCGCGACAUCGGAGCCGAGCACAAGGUGUCACUGGACGAGCUGACGAAGAAAGCCGGCAAUCUUUUCGUGAAGGAAGGUAUAUUUUCGCAGAACGUGCUGGCGCAGGCCUCCAGUCUGCAGUCGAAUCUAAAGUCGUCGUGGAACGUAAUUCAGGAGAUCAAACAAAAGGAGCAACGUCUGGCCUUGUUGCAGUCGUCGUUAGUGAGACUCCAAGGUCAAGCCACUGCGUACGCGUGGAUGUACGAGCAUUGCUUCGCGCAGAGCGGCGUCUCGAUGAAUCCGUCGGUAACGCGGGCGAAAUUCAUCCAAGAUUUACGCGCCGAAACGGCGAACCUAAAGGGGGCGCUUUUGAGAAUGGACGAAAUUAACGAGCAGCAAAAAUCCCUAGUGUCUAGCGUCACCUCGCGCCUGAACUGGGCGGCCGGCGUCAAUCCCGACGUCACGAAGGUGCUAGAGGCGUUCGAAGACGCCGUCGCCAAGCGAGACGAGCGGCUACAGGUCGAGCACGAAAUCGCGCGCGUCGUUUACCAAACUGGCAACAGCGUUUUUAAAUACGAAGCGCUGAGAUGCGAACUACCCGAGGCGAUCAAAUUCGAGGAGAAAUUCGUAGAAAACUUCUCCAAGUGGCAAAACGCGUGCCACAUUUUCACGCUGGAUAUUGCCGAGGUCACGUCAACCGAAGAGAACAUCAUGACUUUAUAUUCACCUCAAAUGAAGACCAAUCUCAACUGGGUUGCGGACAUAUCCGAGAAAUUAUCGGAGGUUAUUACGAGCACGCAGAAGAAGCUAAGUGAGCGAAAAGAAAAUCUCUUCGUCUGUAGCGAUAAGGUACAUACAAGCCUGGAGAAAUUGCGCUCGUCGUUUAGUAGACACAACAAAUUGAUGCUCGAAGUGAAAAGCCUCAUAAAGUCGAUGGCGAAAAUCGAGCAGUGUUCCGCCAACGUCCAGGACUUUACUGUGAAUUACCGACAGUACACCGAACACAUCCUACCGAUACUGCAUUGCUUUAAGAAGGAGAUCAACUUGGACGAGGUGUCCGAGAUUUUAAACAAAUUGGAAUACCUGAAGGAGAAUACGGAACCGAUGUACGACAGUAUGGUCAAUUUAGAGUACGAGGAGACGAGAGGCGGUAGACCGUUGCUCGUGAGACAGGAGGGGAUAUCGUUGAGCCCUUCGAGAAUUAUGCCGGCGAAACAGGAUAGCGUCGCCAAAGGUCAACAACGCAACGCUUACGCGAUGGGCGUGUGGCGCAGGGUCCGAUUGAAAUUGGAGGGCCGAGAUCCAGAUCCAGGAAGAAAAUAUACCAACCAAGAGCAGGUGGAUUACAUAAUACGCGAGGCGAGUAGCCUAGACAACUUAGCCCUAAUGUACGAGGGCUGGACACCAUGGGUUUGAGAGGUUAUGCGUGGCAGUAAUCCUGCCUGGAUCUCCCUUCAAUAACGGUAGAGAGCUACUGCACGCUAGGGCGGCCGUCCGUCAGCAGCAUAGGCGUCAUCUCUAUCUUUAAAUAAAGCUACGAGUCCCAAGUCGCUUAGUUUUAUUGCUCUUGCAAGAAAACAAACGCUGUUAGCCUACAAAUUCUUAGUUUGUAUAAAAAAAAAUGAAAUUGGUAUCAAUCGUGUAAAAGGUUUCGGUGAGUAAAAAGCAGCGGCCGAACCAAAAAAUAAACACAAGUAGGGAGGCUUAAUAGUUUUUGCAAUAUCAGUAAAACAUAGGCAACUGCAUCGUGAUGUACAUGUUGAAGUAAGCGCUGCUGUAUUUUAAUUGUCGACGGUAAUCCUAUGUUGUCAGAAUUGACAUGAGCUGCGUUCGCAGUUAAAUUAUUGAAAAAAAUUAUUUCUUAUCACUUUGAAGACCAAUGGUGUUUGAAAAAAGUUUUUUUUUUCUUAAGCGUACCCAAAAAAAUCAGCGGUACCUGCCAUUUUUUAAAACGGCCAUCUCACGCGUUGCGCCUAAAAAUGGUGUAAUCAACUAGCUUUAUCAUUAUUGUUAAAUUCAAAUUUUCGCAUAUUAUGCUCAGAUGUCUUUUGUUUUCUCUUAAUAUUUACUAAAAUUUGUAGGUGUGUAAUUUACUAACGUAAAUGUAGAAUAGGAUGUUUUCUUGAUUAAUUUACUCUAGGAUAUUUUUAAGGGUUAUUUUUUGCUGUACUCACUUCAGUGUAGUCCUUUUUGACUUUUGAGGAAUAGAAAUCAACCUUCAUCUUUUAAACUUGACAGGUCAAAAUUUUAAAUUCUUCAAUUUCGUCGAAAUUCCAAACUAGAAACUUAGCGACAUUUUGCUAGCUCUUGGUCUGAUCUACAUUUAGACGUACUAACAAGUUUUGUCUGUUUUCUAUUCCUCUUCUUGUAUAGCAUAAAUAAUAAUCAUUUCUCUGAA